AUGUCAGACAUGUUAGAACCAGAGCUUGUUAAUUCAAGUGAAAACCUUUAUAUGAUACAUAGGUAUGGAAUACCGAAAAAGGUUUUGGAAUUAGAUUUUGGUGAAAUGAAGUGGGUUUCACCAGAAAGGAAGGGAGAAUAUGCAUUCUUUGUGAGCAAGGUGAAGUCUGUUGCUCCUAUUAAACCAGAGUCAUGGACUGAUGCUCGGACACGAUACAAGAGUCUUGAUUACUUCAUUGACAAUGAUAAAAGUCGAAAAUGCAUGUUCUAUCAUCAAUGGAUGUGGUACUUCCCCCAUGAUUGUUUGAAUGUUAAUCUCUUAGAUGAGUGA